UGCAGCAUUCGUGUGCGUCUUGUCUGACAUCUAUUUGAACCUGGAACCCCGGUAACCGCUGCCGCAUUUGACCUACAUACAACAUGUCUCUUUUCCGUUCUACCAUCAGCGUUUUGCGAAACAACUCUUUCCUUGGAAGCACGCUAAGCUCUGUAAUAAAAAGACGAAUACACACUGGUAUUCAAGGAAAGGUUGCCUUGGUAACUGGAUCAAGCGAUAAAGAUGGAAUAGGAAUGUCAAUUGCCAGGAGUCUUGCAAAGAGAGGUUGUAGUGUUGUAUUGCAUGGAACAAGAGAUGUUGACAAAGUGGAAGCUAUGCGAGAGGAAUUGCAGAGUGAAUGUGAAGUCCCUGUUCAUUAUUUAUGUGCAGAUUUUGAUAAAAUGAAUGAAGUGGAAGGUCUUCAUCAUAAAAUCAAAGACCUUUAUUCUGAUGGUAUUGAUAUCUUAGUGAAUAAUGUGGGAGUUCUUCAUUAUGCACCUGUGGAAGAGUUUGGAAUUGACAUCUGGGAGAAAAAUAUACGUAUUAAUUUGACAUCAGCAUUCUACUUGACAAGUUUGUCAUUAUCCCAAAUGAAAAAAACAGGUUGGGGUAGAAUUAUAAAUAUCAGUUCUAUUUUCGGCAUUAAUGGAUUACCGAAUGUUGCUUCUUUGGUUGCAACCAAACAUGGUAUGCAUGGUUUAACAAAGACUGUUGCCUUGGAAACAUCAGGAUCAGGUAUAACCUGUAACGCCAUCUGCCCAUCAAUAGCGCUAACAGCCUCUGGUAAAAGUUUCAUGAAGACUGGAGCAGGUAAAUCUGGAAUGACAGUUGAAGAAUUUGAGAAAAUGGUAAUUACUCAUACACAUCCUUCUGGAAAACCUCUGGACGUGUCUAAGAUUGGUGAAUUGGCAGCUUUCCUCUGUUCCCCGGCUGCUGAUGAAGUUACAGGAACUAUUAUUCCUAUUGACUGGGGAACAACGGCGAAAUAGUGAUUCACAACAAAUACCAUAAUCCUUCAUUGGUUUAUGCACAAAUAAUUAUUUUUUGAGAAGAAUGAGUUGUUAGAAGAAAAAUUUAAAGCGAGAGGGUCGUCACCUGCACACACGCGGGAAUUGAGUCCCAAGCGACGAUAAGAACACACGCUAAAAACGUAAAGGCUUAUGAGUAGACGCUUGUUUGUAAACAAUGACACGCUAUGGCCAUCUGACGCAUACGUAGAUAACAACUCCUCCGCUUUAAAUUGCCGUAUAGUUUUGAGUGGUUAAAUUAUAGUUAGUUUUAGUCAUUGGUAACAUAAUUGCCAAUGUCAAUCAUGGUAAUUUCAAAUAGAAAUCAUGUGAAUACUUGAAAA